AUGCCCAUCGAGUUCGUGUGCAAAAUCAAGUUUGCUGAGGGAGAUGAGGCCAAAGCGGCCCCACCCAAAGGAGGUGGUGGCAGCCCGAUGGACAAAGGAGCCGGCAUGGCUGACCUGGCUGCUUUCGCCAGCUCCUCAUCCCUGCAUGGCUUGGCCCAGGCAUUAGGGUCAUCAGGAUCAGGCCGGGCAAGCAUGAGACGGACAGUGUGGGCACUGGCCCUGCUGGCAUCACUGGUACUCUUCCUGUACCAGGCGUCCUGGAGCACAGGUACCUACCUGGAGCACCCACAUGUGGCUGCACUGAACGAGGAAAGCCGGCGUGAGCUCAUUUUCCCUGCCAUCACGCUGUGCAAUGUCAACCGCUUCCGCUUCUCUGCGCUCACCGAUGCUGACAUCUACCACCUGGCCAACCUGACCGGGCUGCCUCCAAAAAGCCGUGGCGGGCACAGACCGGGCGAGCUGCACUACCCGCCUCCUGACAUGCUGGACAUCUUCCAGCGCACGGGCCACCAGCUUGAUGAAAUGCUGAAGAGCUGCAACUUUAGUGGACAAAAUUGCUCCGUGCAUGACUUCAACGUGGUAUACACACGCUAUGGGAAAUGCUACACCUUCAAUGGAAACAAAACCUCACCAAAGCGGACACGGCAGGGGGGCAUGGGGAACGGCCUGGAGCUGAUGCUGGAUAUACAACAAGAUGAAUACCUCCCCAUUUGGAGAGAGACCAAUGAGACCACUCUGGAGGCUGGGAUCCGUGUUCAGAUUCAUAGUCAGGACGAGCCGCCUUACAUCCACGAGCUGGGCUUUGGAGUCUCACCAGGAUUCCAAACCUUCGUGUCCUGCCAGGAACAGAGGCUGUCAUACCUGCCGCAGCCAUGGGGAAACUGUCGUGCGUCGUCAGAGCCAGUGAUCCCCGGAUACGACACCUACAGCGUGAGCGCCUGCAGAUUGCACUGCGAGAGCGUCCAGGUGCAGAGAGAGUGCAACUGUCGGAUGAUCCACAUGCCAGGAAACGCGGACAUCUGUACACCAGCGAAAGUGAAAUGUGUUGACAGAGCACUUGCUUUGUUGGAGAUAAGCGCAGGCGAUUCAUGUGUGUGUGAGACUCCGUGUAACGUCACACGCUAUGGAAAAGAGCUCUCUAUGGUUAAAAUUCCCAGCAAAGGGUCAGCACGCUUCCUCUCUCGCAAGUACCACAAAACUGAGGAGUAUAUCAGGGACAACUUCCUCGUCCUGGAUGUUUACUUUGAAGCGCUGAACUACGAAACGAUCGAGCAGAAGAAAGCAUACGACAUAGCCGGGCUGUUAGGGGACAUUGGAGGCCAGAUGGGACUUUUCAUUGGAGCCAGUGUUCUCACAAUAUUAGAGAUACUCGAUUACAUCUAUGAGGUAAUCAAAUAUAGGAUCAAAAGACUACUGAGACCACAAAAGUACCAGAAUCAGCAGAGCCAGAGGAACCAGAUGCAGAGAACAAAGAACCGCCAUGAUCUGAAUCUUAGGGCCCAGCUAACACCAAGCACCAUUGCAACAGUCAGACUAGAGGAAUUUAAGCCCAAAGAGGCUAGUGAUGGGACGAGAGCUCAACCACACAGUGUAUAUCCAGCUUCAGCGUUGCCAAACCACCACACACAAGCCAGUGGACAGCAGGACUUUGCUUGCUAGGAGAUGAUUUCUUUUUAGCUUUUCUCACCGUCUACGAUAAUUUCUCAUUAGACUUUUGGCCUUUGGAUGGAACCACAGACUGCAAUUAGACAUUUAUGUUUAUCACCUGGGAACGCUGCAGCCAAAGUCAAACCCACAGAGAGUUCACACUGAAUGCCCAUUUUAAGGCAGCGCAAGGUAUGUGGCUAGGUGGGGGGUCAAACUGGCUCAAACUGCCUCCGUUACAUCAACACGUCAGUCUUACUGGCAUCGUCCUGCAGUAGCACCGGUGGAACAAGGCCAAUUUGAUUCACACAUACUGUAUGUCAAUUAUGUUCUUCAGUAGACGUUUAGCAUUUUUAGGGAGAAUUCUUUUUUUUUUUUUUUUUUUUUUUUUUUUUUUACAUUCAGAUUAAUCCUCUCACUGGAGCAGGACAAGCACAACACAUUUUUUCCUUUACUAAAAGGCGUGAAAUUCCCAAAUCUUUUCCUUCCUUUUUUAUUUUAUAUUUAAUAACACUAUUUUAUUCUCAUUGAAUGCAAUAUUUCAAAUGAUCACUUUUUUUUUGCACACACUGUAAAGCAUCAUUAAUGGUACUUUUACAGUUGUUUAGCCUUUUUAGGGAGGUUUUUGCAUUUUUAGAGAAAAUGAGACCAGUGAUCCCUAGCAGUCUUGACACGAAAAAAACCUCAGCGCAUGUUCACCUCGAGUGAUAAGUUGCAUCUUAUUUUCUUAUUUCAAAUUCCUGAAAGGAUGACCAGAAAGGACUGAACUGCUGGACCAGUGUUUAAUUUGGAUUGUAACUAUAGUAUGAAAUUGCUCAUUUCUUAGUGCACUUGAUGAGAAUUUCUAAAACACACCUGUUUUCACUGGCUGCAUUACUCACCCCAUUUUCUGUCUUGUAUCAUCUGAUUCAUUCAUGCAUGUUCUCACAGAUCUGCUAUAGACCCUUGCUGGGAAAUGCCAACUGCAGUUCUCAUGAGAACAGAAUCAUACUGAAAAUGCCAACUUUGCCAACAGGGUUGAAGUGAGUUGGCAAAGUGCUCAGUUAAAUCAUUUUGGUACUUUUCCAUGUGUCAUGAUUCUUAGAAUGAAACAAUAGCCUAUAGUGCCUCUGGGAGUCAAAUACUAAUAACAACUUGUCCUAGAAUCAAAGGAAAAUCAAUACUUGCUCAAAUAUUGCCUGUGGAUGUGACCAUCACCACAAUAUUUAUUUAUUUAUUUAGUAACAAAAGAUGGUAGUCUCUCUUUUUGUUCAUUUUGUAGAGAGCACAUAAAACAUAAAAAUCAAUAAAAUAGCUUUUGUUUGAAGAACAGCAAAGAAGGUUAACUAAUUGGAUAGUUUAAAAAAAAAAAAAAUCAUUUCACAAUCGUUUAAUAAAGAGCAUCCGAC